AUGUACAUGUACUUUUAUCACAACAAUAACAAAUGAUCAGUGAAGGCUAUUGACACAAUUACCUAUUUAAUUGAAUGGCAUUAUUUCUUCGUGAUAAGCAAACUUCUAGUAAUUUUGUAUUGAAAAUUGGUCAAAAUUAAAAGAUGUGUGCAGCAGUAUAUAGAUUGCCCGCGAGAUUGCUUCCAAAUAUCCACAGGCAGUCAUUUCAUGGCAUACUGACAUUUAUGAGAUGUGGCAAGAGACCUGGGUCCAUAAAGGAGUUUGGAAGAGCCUCAUUUAGACUCCAGCAGUGUCACGGUAUAUCCACCUCCCCCUGCCUGUGGGGGGCCUCCCCAUCUGGACCAGGGAGUGGGGAUGGUGAAAAAAAUGAUCCCCCUGGCACAGACAUCCCUGACAGUCACUCUCACAGCCAUCGCAGCAUUACCAAAGACAACUUUCCAGACUCUGGAAACAUCAGUGAGGAAGUGGAAGAUGAGCGUAUAUUCUGGUUAGACAUGGUAGACAGGACUGAUGAAAAAAAACAGAGGUGUCCAAAAUGCAAUGCCCCCCAAAAUAUUGAAACCCUCAAUGGCCACGGUCGGUGUAUCCAUUGCACAAAGUGUGAACAUUACAUCAUCAUCUCUGAGCCCUCUCUACCCACACCAAAACAGCUGAAGGCUUACCUUGACCAGCAUGUGGUCGGACAGGAGCACGCCAAGCAGCGCCUUGCUGUCGCAGUGUACAACCACUAUAAGAAUAUCCGGCAUAACCUCAAGCAGACGCCAGACAGGUUUGACUCUGACACUGACACAGACACAGAAGAUAUCACCCUGGAAAAGAGUAACAUUCUCAUGCUGGGUCCUACAGGCUCUGGGAAGACACUGCUUGUCCAGACGAUAGCGAAGAUCCUAGAUGUGCCUUAUGCGAGUGGAGACUGCACCACAAUGACAUCUGCCGGCUACGUAGGGGAAGAUGUGGAGAGUGUCAUCGCUAAACUCCUCCAGAAUGCUGAUGGCAAUGUGGAGAAAUGCCAACAGGGUAUUGUGUUUAUGGAUGAGAUUGACAAGAUUUCUCGGAGGUCGGGCGGGAUAACAGGCGGCCCUGUGUUCAAGGACGUUGGAGGGGAGGGUGUCCAGCAAGCCAUGCUCAAAAUGAUUGAGGGUACUGUGGUCAAGGUCGCUGACAAACGUACCAAGACACUCAGUCGGGAAACAAUUGACAUUGAUACCACAAACAUUCUGUUUAUUGCUGCAGGGGCAUUUAAUGGCUUGGAAAAAGUCAUAAAGAAGAGAAAAAAUGUCAAAGUAUUAGGCUUUGGAUCACCAUCAGAAAUCGAUGAAAACUCACCUAAAAUUGAGUCAUCUGACUCACAAACAGACAACCCAUCGACCAGGGAGCAGAAUGCAGAGCGAGACCGGCUGCUACAGGAGGUAGAGGAUAUAGACCUGAUUAAGUUUGGUCUCAUCCCAGAGUUUGUCGGACGGAUCCCGGUUGUAGUGCCACUACACUCCCUCAAUGAGGAGAUGCUGGUCCGCAUCCUGACUGAGCCCCAGAAUGCCCUCAUCAAGCAGUACCAGCAGCUGUUCAAAUUGGAUGAUUGUGAGCUGAAGUUCAAUGAAGAUGCCCUAAAGGCGAUAGCGGCGGUUGCCAUGGAGAAACAGACAGGUGCUCGUGGGCUUCGUGCUGUUGUGGAUCGGUGUGUGAUGAAGCCAGCCUAUGAUCAGCCAGGCUCCAGCAUCAAAACCGUGAUCAUUACAGAGGAAGUAGUGAAGAGCAAUACAGACCCAGUUUAUAUUACGAAAGACUCUGAUAUUUAUGAGGAGACAUCAGGCUGAUCAUACUGAAUAAACAAACACUUCUCUGUUUCUCAUAGCAAUAAUUUUGAAGCGCUCUUUACCCUUUUACUCUUCUACAAUUUCAUUGUUGUAGCAUUUAGGAUAUUUCUUCUUGGUGCUUUCAGUAUUUUUGCAUCUACCAAAAUAGCAGACCAUUGAUCAAGCAUUGAUGUGAGAUCACAAUAAACUAUUGUCUGUAUUGGAUAAAAUGAUGACAAUUUAGUAUCAUGCACUAGUUACUGUAUUGAUAGUUAAGGGUAUUUUUAACAGGUGUUUUGCUAGAAUAUUAAUUAAUUCUAACUAUUAAUUAUUAAUUCUGCAUAUUAAGUACAUCCUUCUUACUAAAUCCACACAGUUUACACUUACUUUCAAAAUGUUUUAAUAAUGACUCUUUUUGAGAUGUCCAAGCAGAAAUAGACACAAUGUUCUGUUUUCUGUAUUAUUAUUGUUAACAUUUAUUAUGUGCUAUAAAUUAAACUUAAUUGUUCAUAAA